CCAGAGCAGCCAGAGCAGCCAGAGCAGCCAGAGCAGCCAGAGCAGCCAGAGCAGCCAGAGCAGCCAGAGCAGCCAGAGCAGCCAGAGCAGCACCCGCCAUUCCCGGGAGACUGCCGCUCACCAUGCCCGUGCUAUUCACCAUUCCAUGGUCCUCGAACAAAUGCGUUGCUAUCCUUGACCGCAUUUCGAUGCCACCGCCUUGGCGGGCACGCACCGUGGAAUCUCCUAACCCUGCUCGGCAAUCUUGGUGCAAGACGUCCCGAUGCAGAAUCUGUACCAACUCAACCAGCAUCUCGAUGAUAUGCACAACGAAGACGACACAUCGGCCGCCAUCUUUUCGUUUUUGCGCAAAACCAAGGAAAAGGUCAUCAACCCGCUCUCCAAGGCCGCUCGCGAUGCAACCACCUCGCUCUCGUUCGACAAGAUGAACAUCCUCUCCAACAUGGACAAGCUCGGCUUGGUUUCGAACCCGAUCGAGUUGAAUCCUAACUCAAUGGCCAGCCCUAGCGGGUCGUCGGGAUCGCAGCCCCAGGGCUCGACGGGGCCAGCCGAGAUCCGUGACCCCGAGUUUGGCCUUAAAAAGACGCAUUGGCAGCGAGAGACAGGAAACGAUCUCUGCUCGACGCCGGGAUGUGGCCGAGCCCUUGGGCUGCGCUUCGGCAAGCAGAACUGUCGCAGAUGCGGCAAGCUCUUUUGCGACAGCCACACUUCGUUCCAGAUCAGACUGGCUCUGGAUGCUCGACAUGAUCCCGAGAAGGGCAUUUGGUGUCGGGUUUGCGAGUCUUGCUACACUCACCGCGAAGGCUAUGGCGACAACAACGGCGUCACUCGAAGCCACACCCAUGUCUUUUCGCAGCUGCGCCGUGAACGAGUUCAGCGGGUCCUGCUGGAGGUCAACAAACUGGAGAACCGAUUCGACAAGCUUACGAAACUAUACGUAUCUGAGCAUCGAAUGGUGAACAAGCGCUCGUCGAUCAGCUCGAUGGGCGGAUUGCUCAUGACAAACAAUCUGAGAGCCCUCGAACAAGAUAUCGUCAAAUGGGAAGAUGACGGCGGUGUUAAGGCGUGCCCGUUCUGCUCCUCUACUUUCGGGGCUCUGAAUCGGCGGCACCACUGCCGCACUUGUGGUCGGGUAGUAUGUGGACUCGACACGUGCUCGGCUGCGAUACCCGUGGUCGACCCAGACACAAAGGAGCUGGCCGGGGAGCUGCGGACAUGCAACAACUGCAAGCGGCUAGUCCUCCGGCGCAAGAAACCAGAGGAGCAGACGCCUCCGUUUGUCGUAGUGUAUCAGAAAAUCAUCAAGAUUCGCGAGUCCAUUGAGACCAUCCUGCCGCGAUUCCAAGAUGUUGUCAUGGAUCUCAUAGAGCGCAAGAAUCUGACACUCAAGGACAGGGACUAUCUCGUGGCAGUAAAAUACAAGAAGGACAUUACCGAUCUGUUUUCACAGAUGGAUGCACUCGGCAAGCGGAUCAAGUCGUUCGCAGCAGAAAGCAGCACCCAGCAACGCAUCCACUCCAACAUUCAGCUAUCGUGCACACAGUACAUCCAGUCCAAUAUGUACACCCUCAAUCUCCUUCCGAAGCUGCAAAGCGACACCAAGGGCAAGGAGCCGAAUGUGGACUCAAUCCCCAUCCAGGCCACGGCCGUCAAAGACAUUGAUCGACUGCGCGAGCUGCGCCAGCAAUACGAUGUGCUGACAGAGCAGCGCCAGCUCGUUCAAAAGUUCCUCGAGGAUGCAGUGAAGCGGAGGCGGCUCGAAGAUGCUCAAAGCCUGCGCGAAAACCUGCGGGCCCUGGACGACGAGAUGGCCCGGGUCAAAAAGGAGAUGGAGGACAGCUAGUGCGAAGAAACUCGGGGCAGUACCCGUGUUCACUGCAGUAAUCGCUGGCCCGAAGCGCGACGAUCCAGAAACCGCAUGGUCUCAGCUGACAAUCAACAUUUUGUUGGCUUGGGGGGAUCAGUCUCGAAUACAUCCGGUCGAUCUCCUGCGGCAA